AUGUCUGCAAUCACUGAGAAAUGGACAGAGCCCAUCGCUAUUGUUGGCAUGUCUUGCCGACUCUCGGGAGAUGUAAUGAGCCCAGAUGAUUUAUGGACACUCUUGUCCAGAUCGCGAGAUGGAUGGAUGCCUGUGCCAUCAGACCGAUUCUCGGCAGACGCUUUCCAUCACCCCAAUCCUCAGAAGGCCGGCUGUUUCAACGUCCAGGGUGGAUAUUACAUGAGGCAGGACUUAUCACAAUUUGAUGCGCCGUUUUUCAACAUUACGAAACAAGAGGCCAUGGCCAUGGAUCCUCAGCAAAGACAGCUCCUUGAGUGCACAUAUCAUGCCCUCGAGAAUGCCGGCAUGUCUCUCAGGUCUAUUGCUGGGAGUAAGAUGGGUGUUUUUGUAGGCGGCAAGGCCUCCGAUUACCGCGUUAGUACACUUAGAGACCUUAACCAGGUUCCCAUGUUCGAUGCCACAGGCAAUAGUCCGUCUCUACAAGCAGGCCGAAUCUCUUACUUUUUUGACCUGCGUGGACCUUGUUUCUCAGUAGAUACUGCCUGCUCAUCGAGCUUGAUCGCACUACAUGCCGCUGUCCAGAGUAUCCGUAACGGGGAAUCCGACUCUGCUAUCGUGGCCGGCGCCAACUUGCAUCUGCAACCAGAUGAGAUGGUGGCCAUGUCCAUGCUGGGUAUCCUGAAUGAGCACGGAAAGACCUAUUCCUUUGACCAUCGCGCGAAGUCAGGUUUUGCAAGAGGCGAGGGCGUUGCCUGCUUAGUCCUGAAAGCAGCUUCCCAAGCUCUGAAGCACCAGGAUUCAGUUAGAUCAUUGAUUGUCGGCACUGGGACAAACCAAGACGGAAAGACUGUUGGUAUUUCCGCACCCAACGGCGAAGCCCAGGAGCAACUAAUUCGAGAGAUUUAUGCCCGCUCCGGGAUCUCAACCGAUGACGUUGGAUUCAUUGAAGCGCAUGGAACAGGCACCAAAGUCGGUGACCCCAUCGAAGCACACGCUAUUCACCGCGUCUUCGGGGGCGGCAGAAGUAAAAGGCUUCCUUUGUACAUGGGCUCGGUCAAGAGCAAUGUCGGUCACCUCGAGAAUGUGAGUGGCAUUGUGUCCGUCAUCAAGGCGGCACUGAUGUUGGAAAAACGUUUGGUUUUGCCAAACAUCAACUUUGAGAGAGCAAACGAAGCUAUCCCGCUCGAUGAGUGGAAAAUUGAGAUUCCCACCGUGCUGCGGCCCUGGCCUUCUGGCAAACGCUUCGUCAGUGUUAACAACUUUGGGUUUGGAGGGUCCAACGCCCACGCUGUUCUGGAGGGGCUGCCUUUUAGUAGAACUAGACAUCUCCCUGAAAAGGCCGAGCUCCGCGUCACCCGGUCUAAACUCAUUGUCCUCUCAGCAUUUGACGAAACUGCAGCAAACCGGGUGGCAUCUCAACUUGGCGUGUACAUUGAGCAGCACCCGGAAGUCUUCGAAAAGCGCAUCCUCGGCGACAUUGCCUAUACGCUCGGUCAACGCCGCUCACAUCUCCCUUUGCGCAUGGCUUUUGCUGUGUCAAGCUGCAGUGAUCUGGCAGCCAUGCUUAAUGGAUGCCAAACCGCUCCUCGUCGCGCUUUCAAGACACCAAAGAUUGCCUUUGUUUACACGGGACAGGGUGCUCAAUGGCCUGAGAUGGGCAAGCAAUUGUUGGAGUCUCACAGCGCCUUCUCAGAUGCCGUCCAUUCUGCUGCUGCACACCUCGUAUCUAUUGGGGCAGAUUUUGACUUGGUCGAGGAGCUGCGCAAAGACGAGGCGACCUCCCGUGUUAACCAGGCACACAUCUCUCAACCCAUCUGCACCGCGGUUCAGAUCGGUUUAACGAACCUCUUCAGCUCCUGGGGAGUCAAACCUGCGGCUGUAGUCGGUCACUCAAGUGGAGAGAUUGGUGCCGCGUAUGCCGUGGGGGCAAUCUCCAUGGAACACGCCAUUGAAACAGCUUACUUUCGCGGAAAAGCCGUGUCGAGGAUGAAGUCAAGGUUCGAGGGAGUCCGAGGUGCAAUGCUUGCUGUUGGCGAGGGCAUGGUAGAGGUCAAGAGGAUCGUCAAAGCCAUGCAACUGCACCAAAUUCAGGUUGCCUGUGAAAACUCACCACGCUCAGUCACUAUUUCUGGUGAUGAACAAGAAGUAGACGCAUUGAGGGCAGAGCUCGACGCAAAGUCCGUCUUCAACCGAAAGUUGCGCGUGGAGGUCGCGUAUCAUUCCCCACACAUGAUGCUGGUCGCGGACGACUACAUGACGUCCAUCAAGGACACCACAGCACAGCACACCGAGGGGGCAAGCUUCUACUCUUCUCUUGUGGGCAAAAGGCUCCACAACCAUGCGGCCCUUGGCCCGUCGUACUGGGUCGACAACUUGACCCAGCCUGUCCUCUUCUCUACUGCUCUGAAGGAGCUGUACAUUCAAGAGAAGCCAAACAUCAUUCUUGAGGUUGGACCACACGCUGCUCUUGAAGGACCUGUCAAGCAGACUCUGACUGGAAUCAACGACGCUGCCGCUUCUGCAGUAAAAUAUGUUCCGACACUGGUCCGCAACCAAGACGACACCCUUGCCGCUCUUCAGUCAGCGGGCAACCUCUUCGUCAACGGCUGCGAGUUGGACUUUGGCGCUGUUAAUCAGGAGAGUCUGUUUGGACAAUCACCGGCACUGAUCAAGGACUUUGAGCCUUAUCCUUUUACACAGCACAAGUACUGGUUCGAGAGCAGAAUCGCCAAGCAGCACCGGUUGAAGCCGUUCCCUCGCCACGACCUCCUUGGCCUCCUGGAAGAUGUUUCCAGUGACAUUGAGCCGUCUUGGGUGAAUACCCUGACAUUAGAUGACGUUCCUUGGUUAAAGGACCACCGCAUGCAGUCCCUGACGACCUUCCCCUUCGCCGGUUAUCUCUGUAUGGCCGUUGAGGCGGCUUUCCAGAGGGCUCAGCUUCGUGGGAUCCAGUCUGACCAGAUUGCUGGAUUUCGCUUCCGCGAGGUUCAGGUAUCAAAGGCCCUCAUCAUGGAUGAUGGCUCCGACUACGAGACGCACAUGACCCUGAAGUCUUAUGCGGAGGGCACAAGAUCAUACUCGAACGACUGGGAUGAGUUCCGGAUCUCUUCUUGGAUUCCUUCCAGAGGGUGGCUGGAGCAUUGCCGAGGUCUUGUGGGAGUCACGAAGCCGCAGGGGGAAAAUCCCGUUCAUAGCUCGUCUUCACAACAGACCAAGGCCCGUAGGUCGAAAAUGGCUGCCAUGGUUGAUGGCCAUCUUGACCUGAACACCUUCUACGCCGAGCUUUGUGACUUGGGGGCUAGUUACAACUCUGUCUUUACCAUGAGCCCGGCUAGUAGCCUUCGGGCAGAGGGUAACUAUUCUGCCGCCAAUGUAUUUGUCCCCGACACCGCCGAACUAAUGCCGUUUGCCCACGAAAAAGACUCGAUCCUGCCCACCGCUUUCAUGGACCUCUUCUUCCAGCUAACAUUUGCGAUUCUCGGUGCCGGAAAGGGUCGGAUGUCUUCGCUACACGUGCCGUCUGCCAUCAAAAAAGUCACCAUUCAACGAACAGUUCCGAGGAAGCCUGGGACUGGUGUACAGUCGAUUGCUUAUACUUCACAAGACUUGUCAGCUCCUGGCCCAGUUGACUUUGUUGUUGAGGCCUGGAGCGAAGGGCUGGCAGAACCUGUCGUCGAGCUCGAGGGACUCAGAAUGACAGCGGUGCAUGGUGACUCUCCAGAGGCUGCCGGACCUCAUUCGCUAUGCUACAGCAUUCAGUGGGAACCUGCAUCCACGUCCUCGAAAGUCGCAAACAGUCGAACAGACAAGGAUGCUGAAAGGCUGAGCAAUGGCAACGGUCAUGGACUCGCCCAUGGAAAUGGACGAGUAGAAGGAAGCGGUGCAAAUUCGGCCUCAAAUGGCACAAAUGGUGGUCCAGUGGUUGGCAGCAAUGGUCGGCACAACGGCCACUCGCAGGCCGAAGCCAAUAGUAAUGCAGUCGGACACGCGACGGCUCAAUCUGACGGCCACGUUCAACAACCCGGGUAUCCGGGUGGGCCUAUGAUUGAGCUUAUAACCGGCAACACUCUAGAUGAAGAGCUUCUUGCCGCCUUGGCAAAUCUUGUUGACCUCAAGACAGGCCAAAAGCCUCCAGUCUCAACGUUCAUGAACAUCGAGCCAUCGAUAUCCAAGCAAUACAUCUGCCUCGUCGAACUCGAGGAACCUCUGCUGACGCAGAUGAAUAAGGAGAAGUUUGACAAGCUCAAAGCUCUUCUCAUCUCUAGCAACUCGCUUCUAUGGGUCACCAGCGGCGCUUGCCGGUACGCGGAAAUGCCGCAGAAGAACAUUUCUCUCGGCCUGCUGCGGACGGUACGGUCGGAGAUGAACAAACCCGCCGCCAGCAUUGACCUAGAUCCACAAUCCGACCUUUCGGCCGUGGAAAGGGCAGGUCUCAUCCUUGAAGCCCUGAAGUACUCGCUGGAGACGCCGACAGGCGGUGGCCCGGUCGACUAUGAGUUUGCUGAGCAAGCCGGCAAGCUGGUGGUGCCUCGCGUUUUUGAGCAUGAGGGCAUGAAUCUAGCCGUGUUCCGCGACACCCAAGCGUCUCAGCCCUACCCUCAAUCCUGGGAGCAAGCCAAUCGCCGCCUCAAGAUCAAGGUUGGCACCCUUGGAGCUUUGGACUCGCUCUACUGGGAUGAGGAUGAGGCGAAGCCCCUGGGUAACGACGAGAUCGAGCUCAAGGUCGUUGCUACCGGAAUGAACUUUAAAGACGUCAUGGUUGCAAUGGGUCAAGUGACGAGUCCUCAUCUCGGCGUCGAGUGUAGCGGAGUCGUCGCCCGGACUGGCGCUGGGGUCUCGUCGCUUAAGCCUGGGGACCGUGUUUGCGCAGUAUCCUUUGGAGCGUACAGCACAUUCGCACGAUGCCCUGCCACAAGCGCUGCUGUGAUUCCGGCUGGCAUGAAUUUUGAAAUUGCUGCUUCUAUUCCCGUUAUCUACAGCACCGCCUACUAUGGCAUGCUUGAGCUGGCGCGCACGGGGCCGGGGGAGAAGGUUCUAAUCCAUGCGGCCUCGGGCGGCGUAGGACAGGCGGCCAUGCAGCUUGCACAGAUGAUUGGCGCCGAGGUAUUCGCCACGGUGGGUAGCUUCGAGAAGAAGCAGUUCAUCAUGACGACCUACGGCGUUGCAGAAGACCGCAUCUUUUACAGCCGGGAUGCCUCCUUUGGAGCGUGCGUGAAGGAGGCAACGGGCGGAGCUGGUGUCGACGUAGUCAUCAACUCUCUGGCCGGCGACCUUCUUCGCGAGUCGUGGGAGUGUCUCGCGCCGUUUGGUCGCUUCGUCGAGAUUGGAAAGAGGGACAUCACCUCGAACACGCGGCUAGAGAUGGCGAUAUUUGACCACAACUGCUCGUUCCAUUCGGUCGAUCUGGCCCUUGUCGCCGAGAAGCGGCCUAGACUCAUGGGCAGGAUCCUGACUGCUGUUAUGAAACUUAUUUCCAGCCACGUUGUCAAACCAGUCAGCCCCAUCAACGUGGUUGGAAUCUCUGACGUGGAAAGCGCCUUGCGAAAGUUGCAGAGCGGCAAGACUACCGGCAAAGUGGUUGUAAAGCAUAACCCAGCAGACCAAGUAAAGGCUGUUCAUCCUGCUGAAAAGCCGUCCUCCCUGCACAAGAAUGCAAGCUACAUCAUCGUUGGUGGUACUGGCGGCCUCGGCCGGGCCAUAUCUCGGCGGCUGGUGAGUCGUGGCGCUGGCCACAUAGUUCUCUUGUCUAGAACGGGCAGCAUGACUGCGGAACUUGCGGAGUUGGCCAAGGACGGCGAGCGGCUUGGAGGGGAAAUUCAUGUUCGACGCUGCGACGUAGGCUGCGAGCAAGACGUACAGAACCUCUUGGCAGAUAUGAAGAAGACAUUGCCUCCUGUUCGCGGUGUCAUCCACGCCGCCAUGGUCCUCAGGGACAUGCUGUUUGAGUCGAUGACGUUUGACGAUUACGACGCCGUGGUCCGGUGCAAGGUCUCUGGGGCCUGGAACUUGCACAAGGCGCUGGAAGACACCCAGCUGGACUUUUUCGUCGUCCUCUCCUCGGUUGCCGGCAUCGUCGGCAACCGAGGACAAGCUGCCUACGCGGCUGCCAACACGUUUCUGGACGCGUUUGCGUCGCACCGGCGAAGCAAGGACAUGAAGGGCACCUCGCUCAACCUCACAGCCGUCACCGACGUCGGCUACCUGGCGGAAAAGGCAGCCAGGCAGGAAAAGGUGCUCAAGACCCUUUCGGGGGCCACCAUGACUGGCGACGAAGUGCUGGCAUUAAUCGACGCAGCAAUCGACGGCCGGGUGUCUGCGACGUGCAACGGCCAGUGCAUCACCGGGCUGAGCUUCUCGGACCCGUCCAACCUGCCGUUUUACGCCGCGGACGGCAAAUUCAGGCACCUGAGCGAGGCGGCGCUCGCGCAGCGUCUCGACGCAGCCGGGCCGCACCACGCCGCCGACGUGCCCAUGGCGGAGAAGAUUCGCCAGGCGCCGGACCUGGAGACGGCGCAGGAGAUUGCCACGGGCGGCCUGCGCGACAAGCUGGGCUCCAUCCUCAUGAUUCCGGCCGAGGUCAUGGAGACGCAGCAGGCAAGCACGUCGGUCAUGGCCUUUGGGCUGGAUUCGCUGAACGCGAUUGAGCUGCGCAACUGGAUAGGCAAGGAGUUGCAGGCGCAUCUGCAGGUGCUGGAGCUGCUCACAGUAGGAGGGCUGAGCGACCUAGCGGGUCUGGCGUUGAGAAAGAGCCGUAUCAAAGGGGCAUGGGCGGCAGGUUGA